AUAUUUCAGACACUUCAGCAUUCCCCAAUAGGGCUACGUCUAACUCGUUUGGAUGAAGAACUUGGCGCCGAUCUCAGGGAGCAUGGUCUUGCCGGAGUGAAUGUCAUGACUUACACGAUCGAGAAGAAGCUAACAGCAGAUGAACUAACAUUGAACAAUGCAAGCAAAUAUGAUUACACAUCAGUUAAAUCUAAUGGGCAGAAUGCCCUUAGUAUCGUCACCCACCGUAACUUUGCUAUACAACUUAGGCAUCAAAUGAUUAUCGUAUAUAGGCUCGACUUACUUGGUUUUAUCAGACACGUUUCAAACUUUGUUAAUACUAACUUUGGAAGUGCAAAGCCAAGUUUAAGCCCAUCCUUUAAUAUGCGCGUAAGUCUUAACACAGAUCUUGGGAUAAAAGAAGGUCUUGCACAGGUUUUAAAAUAAAA